AUGAAAAUUUUAUCUAAUUUAAAGGGGGGCGUUAAAUUAAUUAUUGAGAGUCCUUUGCAGGUUCACAGGUGACUCCUACUCCUCUUAACCAUUAUCGUACCACCACUUGCAUGCAGUUCGCACAAACCUUCACUGUGCUACUCCUUUGGACAAGGGCAUGAACUUCCUCGCUUGCUAAUGUUUAGUCUUUCAGAAAAUUUUAAAACCGAAUUUUAUCAUCUUUUUUUAGCACGAUGAAAAUAA